ACGCGCCAGCUGAGAAAAACCAGAGAACCCUCAAAGCGGCCGGAGCUCCUGGGUGGGGGGCAAAUCUGGCAUCUUUGGCCCCCGUCCACGCUUUGUGCCUGACAAUGGUCGGGAUCGACGACUAACGCGCUGUUAUUAACCGCUCCCCUAGAUCUGGCCCGCAGAAGAUGGCCGCUUCGGUGAGGACGUUCCCAGUUGCCCUGUGGACACCGACGCCCUGGCCGGGAGCAAACACCACGGCGGUGGCAGAGGCGAAGUGCGUCUUCAACGAGGAGUUCAAGUUCAUCCUGCUGCCCAUCUCCUACAGCAUCGUCUUUGUGGUGGGGCUGCCCCUCAACUCCUGGGCCCUGUGGAUGUUCAUCGCCAGGAUGAGGCCCUGGAAUGCCACCACCACCUACAUGUUCAACCUGGCCGUCUCCGACACGCUCUACGUCCUCUCCCUCCCCACCCUGGUCUACUACUACGCCGACCGCAACAACUGGCCCUUCGGAAAGUGGCUCUGCAAGAUCGUGCGCUUCCUCUUCUACGCUAACCUCUACAGCAGCAUCCUCCUCCUGACGUGCAUCAGCGUCCACCGCUACGUGGGCAUCUGCCACCCCAUCCGCUCCCUGAAGUGGGUGAAGACCAAGCAAGCCCGCGUCAUUUGCGUGGGCGCCUGGCUUGUCGUCGCCGUCUGCCUCAUCCCCAACCUCAUCUUCGUCACCACCAGCUCCAAGGGCAACAGCACCCUUUGCCACGACACCACCAAGCCCGAGGAGUUCGACCAUUACGUGCACUACAGCUCCUCCGUCAUGGCCCUCCUCUUUGGGGUCCCCUUCCUGGUGAUUGUCCUGUGCUACUGCCUGAUGGCCAAGAGACUCGGCAAGUCCAGCUUCUCCAGCCCCGGCCCUCGGAUGCCCUCCUACAAGAAGCGCUCCAUCAAGAUGAUCAUCAUCGUGCUCACCGUCUUCGCCGUCUGCUUCGUGCCCUUCCACAUCACCCGGACCAUCUACUACACCUCCCGCUACGUCCAAGCCCACUGCCAGACCCUCAACGUCAUCAACCUCACCUACAAAAUCACCCGGCCCCUGGCCAGCAUCAACAGCUGCCUUGACCCCAUCUUGUACUUCAUGGCUGGGGACAAGUACCGGGGGCGGCUGCGCCAGGGGCCAGCCCACCGGCUCCAGCCCAUGCCCACGGGCGACCUGGCGCUGGUG